GCUGCCGAGAGGAGGCUCGUUCUGCCCGGCUGCCCUCCCGCAGCCCGCCGGCGAGGGGCCGUUCCCGGCGAGGAGGAAGAGGGCAGAGUAAGGCACAGCACCCGCUCGAGCCCUCCCACAACAGCUCCAGCUGACAGCGUCACCUCCCACCAAUUUAUCCAACUUCUGCCAAGGCUUUGAAAUGCCAACUAUGUCGAGGCCUGCACUUGAUGUCAAGGGUGGCACCUCACCUGUGAAGGAGGAUGCCAGCCAAGAGAUGAGCUCUCUCACCUACUCUAACCUUGGGGUGAAAGACCGCAAAGCAGUGGCCAUUCUGCACUACCCUGGUGUAGCCUCAAACGGAACCAAGGCCAGUGGGUCUCCCACUAGUUCCUCGGAAUCUCCAUCUCUAAUAGGCUCUCCUACCGCCAGCCCUCCCACUAAAACCCCACCCUUCAACCUGCACCCAGCCCCUCACCUGUUGGCCAGUAUGCAGCUGCAGAAACUUAAUAGCCAGUAUCAUGGGAUGGCCACUGCCACUCCAGGCCAACCCGGGGAGGCAGGUCCCCUGCAAAAUUGGGGCUUUGGGGCUCAGGCGGGAGGGGCAGGGUCACUCUCUCCUUCUACUGGUGCCCAGAGCCCUACUAUCAUUGAUUCGGACCCGGUGGAUGAGGAGGUGCUGAUGUCGCUGGUGGUGGAACUGGGAUUGGACCGAGCCAAUGAACUUCCAGAGCUGUGGCUGGGGCAGAAUGAGUUUGACUUCACUGCAGACUUUCCAUCUGGCUGCUGAUGCCAAGUGUCUCUAAAGAUGGAG